AUGCCCCCAAUACGAAACCACGAGUAUAGUCUAAGUCACCUUCGCAAAAAAUGUGCAGAGAAGGGCCUUUCGACUACAGGCCGAAAGGCAACUUUGGUAUCUCGGAUACAACAAUACGCUUCGUCUCGACCUUCUACUACGUCUCAGCCGUCGGAUACCGCAACGCCAAGUGCCUCAACGUCGGAAACGUCCACGCCAGUGCCUACAGGAGAAAGAGUACAUACCCCAAGCCUGGUAAACGACGCGCAAAUGACACAAGUUCGAUCUAUUGUAUCGCGCAGCGUCGAAGAAUUAAUAACGGAGAUUGCCAGCCAAGCGGCCCAUGCUGCUGAGAAUGCAUUGCAAUGUUCAGCAACCUCGCCAAACGAAAGUUCGCCAGCGACUUUAGAGGACCGAAUAGCAGGUCAUCACGCCAUUUCAUCAACGCGAAGUCCUGACCCAGUACCUGCCACCGUGCCGACCGUGGUUAUUCCAGAUUUUCCUCCUCAUGUGCCCGAGAAUGAAUCCUUUGUUCCAACUCAGAAGCCAUAUUACGGCCACCUCGCGUUGGAUUUGCCCGCUGCCUAUGUCAAGCAGACACAAACGGGUGAAUUUUUUGAUUUAGAAAAAUUAUUACCUCGUGAAUUCCCUUCCACUACGGAUGACGACUCUGUGGUCUUAACCUUGGAAAACUCCAUUAUAACAGCUAAGAAGGCUAAUCAGCAAACUCAAAAAAUAACGAAUAUCGAACAAUGGACUACAGCAUUCACUGUGUACAUGGGCAUAUUAACAUCAAAGUUCCCCUCGCAAAUCCAAGAGUUGCUUCAGUAUAUGUCCCUCAUCCGCUAUGCCUCCCAAACCCAUCGGGGCUUUGGCUGGUGUAUUUACGAUCAUAAGUUCCGACGAAAGGCUGCCCUCAAUGCAAGUCUAAAUUGGUCACAAAUUAACCACCAGCUUUGGUUAUGUCUUUUUACAAUACUACCUGACAUUUUAAGACGGGAAUACCCCCCCAUUUCUUAAAUGGACUCCAGCAAAAUACUACCUUCUCAGGGGCCGCUAGAAGAGGAAAUACCUGCCAUGAAUAUAAUAAAAGAGGUGAGUGUAAAAACACCAGUUGUCCCUACCGUCACGAAUUCAACAGAUGCUCAGGUACCCACCCAGGCUUCAGCUGCAAUCAACGUCGACCUGAGCAUGACAGGAGCAGCGACAAGUCAAAGGUCGUCAAAGACGUCUACGCAUGCCCAUUGAUUAUUAUAAUCAACUACCGACACCUAUUUUAGUUGAUAAGUUAGAAAGUGCCCUUACCAGACACCCCGAUUCUAAUUUUGUAUUUCAAGUUUGCAAUAAUUUAAGGUUUGGUGCACGAAUUGCUUUUGAGGGGCAACGUGCCCCAAAAUUUUCUAGAAAUUUACCCACGGCACUGGCUAACUCUAGUGUGGUCACAAAUAACUCAGCACAUGAGAUUUCGCGUGAUCGGGUGGUUGGUCCCUAUGAUAACCCACCAUUUCCAAAUUUUCGGAUUACACCAAAUAACUUGGUUCCAAAAAAGAACUCCGACAAACUAAUUUCGGACAAUUUUUCAUCCCUCUUUUCCUAAGACAGGUAAGACCAGUAUAAAUAACGCGAUUUCCAAGGAAGAUUUCAGUUUGCAAUAUGUCACCAUUGAUCAUGCCAUUAAAGGUAUAAAGCGUUUUGGUCAGAGCUGGAUAUAUUUUGGCAGGGGAAAUAUUAUUAUGACAAGGUCUUACCCUUUGGCCUUCGAAGCGCCCAAUUUAUUUUCAAUCAACUUUCUGAUGCAAUAGAAUGGAUUUUGAUUAACGAAUGUCACAUUUCUUUUGUAUGCCACAUUUUAGGUGAUUUCUUAGUCAUUGAUUCUAAGUCGGAACUUUUCUCUCCCGAGAGUCCCUGUCAGCAAAGUCUUGCUGCAAUGCUGCUUACUUUUAAUAACGUGAACAUCCCAAUUGCCCCGAAUAAAACUCAAGGCCCCCUACAGGUACUUGACUUUAUGGGUAUAACAUUAGACACCCUGAGAAUGGAAGCAUGUCUUCCUACUGAUAAAAUUGAGCCAUUGAAGGAACUUUUUGGACAAUUUGAAAACAGACGUUCUUGUACUUUAAAACAAUUACAAUCCCUAAUUGGUACAUUGAACUUUGCAUGCAAGGUUGUCCCACCAGGUAGGCCCUUCUUACAGCGCAUGAUUGAUUUAACCUGAAAUGUUAAGAAGCUCCACCAUCACAUAAAACUGAAUACCGGGUUCUUUAAAGAUCUGGAGAUGUGCAACAAUUUGUAAUAAAUUGGAAUGGAGCUAACUUUUUCUUUUCAUCCACCUGGCAAGAUUAAGAUUGCCUGCAACUCCAUACAGAUACAGAUGCAUCAGGAGCACUAGGGUAUGGGGGUAUGUUUGAGUCUAGAUGGUUCCAGGGCACAUGGCAACCCCACCAACAACUAGGAACACCAGGGAUUAGCAUUGCUUGGCAAGAACUUUUUGCCAUUAUAGUUGCAUGACAGAUAUGGGGGAGCUCUUCCAGGAAGAACGUAUUAUCUUUAACUGUGACAAUGAAGCAGUAGUCAGUAUGAUUAACACAAAACGUUCACGUGCGCCAAAGGCCAUGGAUCUGAUUCGCCGUCUGACCCUGCGAACAAUGCAAUAUAAUUUUUACAUUCGGCUCAACACAUACCCGGAAACGAAAUCAAAUUGCAGACUCUCUCUUUCAUUUUCAGCACCAACGGUUCACACAAUUGGCACCUCAUGCAUAUUUCAACCCAUGCUGCAUCCCAACUGUUCUGCUAACAAUUUGAAAAAAGACAUUGAAUAUAUAUAUAUAUAUAUAUAUAUAUAUAUAUAUAUAUAUAUAUAUAUAUAUAUAUAUAUAUAUAUAUAUAUAUAUAAAUUUCGCAGUGGCACCUUCUACCAAACAAAUAUACAGCUCAGGUGAAAAACGCUUUGUUGAAUUCAUCCUUUUAGUUAAACGCACCCAAGUCGAACAGUGUCUCCCGGCAACAGAAUCUAUGCUGCCUGAGUUUGUUGUGUACUUGGCUAGAACUAUAAAACAUUCCUCAAAAAAAAAUUACCUAGCAACUGAGACAUUAUCAUAUUCGCCAGGGUUUUAAGUUAAACUUUCAAAAAAUGACACGCCUGCAACUGAUCUUACGCGGUAUAAAGAGAGAUCAAGGUGGCCAAAUUCGAAUACGCUUAACAAUAACUAUUCAUCAUCUGCAGUUGUUCCACCUGUUACUAUCCAUUCCAUCUACCUAAAAUUAUGACUCAUUAAUGUUCUGGGCUGCAAUGACUUUGGCAUUCUUUGGUUUCCCCCGUCAGGGAGAACUAACAUGUAAUUCUAAAUUUAACCCCGAUACCCACCUGACACCAGACAAUAUAUCAUUUAAUUUUAUUCAGGAGAUGCAAAAACCCAAAUCGAUGACAAUCUUGAUCAAAGAUCCUAAAACUGACCACUUUCGGCUGGGUCAAAUAAUUACAAUUGGGGCUACUAGCUUACCAUUAUGUCCAGUCGUAGCUAUGAAGCGGUAUCUUACAAGUCGCAAAUCACUCAAUGACCCCCUUUUCGUUCAUGCUUCAGGAAAGCCAUUGACGAAGCAAGCACUGAUAACUGAGACACGAUCUCUUCUCACUAAGUCUGGCUUAAAUGCUGCUCAUUUUGGGCCUUCCGACGUCGAGAAGGCUGGACGCAAUGAUAUUCAAAACUGA